UAUCUGUGAGUAGUACGGUACCUAGUUCAAAAAUAAUACAGUUAAUAUCGUGUUGAACAACACAAUUAAGUUUAUGAGUAGUUUUUUCCAGUGAUCUAAUUUCAAAAUAAUGGCUUGCAUUGUAUUGGGAUAUUUAUACUCAUUUUAUUUAUUUAUAAAUAUUUGUAGAGGUAUCCAUGGUGUGGAUGUGCUGAAUGUAGAUGAUACGACACUCAGCACCACCCAGUCUACAGACAAUCGUCUUGAUGAACAGAAAAUAUUUGAUAACAUGGUGGUCCAUCGCAACAACACACCCAAAUUGUGGUCAUUUCUGAGGUCCGAAACACUAUACAAAUGCCACAAUUGUAAGUCCGUGGACUGCGCGGCGGACACUCUGAGCGUGUGCGAUGAUGGGCUGUACUGCUAUAAGGCAACGGUGCUCACAUUAGACGGUGUCUUACAGCAGUCACGUGGCUGCUCUACCUCCAGUGAACACGAGUUCACGUGUCAUUCAUUCGGCCCGAGGAAGCGUUUUGCGGGCCAGAGGAAUAUAACAUGCUGUAAAGGUGACAUGUGUAAUGAUGGUAGCUUCCCCACGCUGCCGAUGGAUAAAAAACUGUCAAACAGUUCUACGACAACUAACUCGACUCCGAUACAACUCAACCCGGACAACUUGACCCAGUCAACUCAACCCCAUGAUAACUUAACCCCUACGACAACCAGACCCAGUCAACUCGAGUCCAUGACAACUCAGCCCUACGACAACUCGACUUCUACAACAACCCGACCCCUAGAACAACUCGACCACCCCGAAAUUUCGACAUCUCCAAUACUUAACUCAACCCUGGAGCAACAGCAGUGAUACAAAAUAUAAUAGGCUACAUUAACAUUAUAGCAACCGCCAUAAUUUCUAUAAUAAUGUCAACUGUAAUAAUUACCUACUGAACAAUGGAAAAUAAUUGCCCACUUUAAUGAAACUUUGUAUUCUGUUAUGAAUAAAGGGACAUUAUUUCCCACCGCAAAAGGGUAUUUCGCCAAAAAUGGUCAAUUUUGCCUAAUUUCCUUGGUACGAAAUAUUCUUUUGUUUUUAACUAUUUUUAGUUUCCCAUUGCAUUAAGUAGCAAAAACUAAGCUAAUAAUUCUAAAAGGGGUGUCAUAAUUCAUUUUAGAAACAAAGUUAUAUAUAGUUUUCUUCUGUGGUUUGCUUUUUUUUUGUUCGACCCAUUUUUGUGUACCUUCGCAAGCAAACAUACCAAUGAAUAUUGUAUCAUUACGACCUUUUUACACAACUAAGGAAGAUAAAUACAGUAGAUUGAGUUAAGAGUUAAAAACAAGUUGUUCUAUAUCUAUUCUGAUACCCAUUUCUUAAAAUGUAAAUUUCAAACUUAUUCCAUUAAAGAAAUACUCAAAAUUUGACUACGCCGAAUUAAAAAUGGUCUUUUAUAAUUUCCUAUGCCAUUUUAUGCCACGGAAAACAAGGAAAUUAGGGCCAAAGAAAUUAGAUUUAUGCCUAAAAGACACCACAAACAAAAACCUAAAAGUCUCGAUCUGUUUUUAUUUUCAGUAACCACUCUUUUUUUUUUCUUCUUUGGCUCUCGCGCAUUG